AUGAAGGCCGAAGACGACGCCAAGCUCAUCUUUGGCACCAUCUUCUCCCUUAGGCGCAUGGCACGCCAACUGGGAGGCAAAGAUGACCAAUUCCUCUCUUAUCGGACCGGCGAAUACAAGCUGCACUACUUCGAGACGCCGACACAGCUGAAGCUGGUCAUGCUCACCGACACACGCGUUGGUAAUAUGCGGACGGUCCUGUACCAGAUCUGGGCCACGCUGUACGUGGAGUAUGUGGUGAAGAGUCCACUGGCACCGACGGAGCAUCCUCGUGGUGUUGGUGUGGCAAAUGAGUUAUUUGAGGGAGGCCUGGAGAGCUUCAUUGCCUCCAUAUUCAACACGCAGCAGCAGUAG